AACAAAUCCUCGUCCUAUUAUUACGAAAGUUUAUUAAUAAAUGUUAAUUAUAUAUUCCCUUUGUAGCUGGCUUAGCUUAUAAAUAUUAAUAAUGAUGACACUACGAAGGCGCGGUUUAUGAAUAUAAAGGACCAAUCCCUCCCCAUACUAGGGUCUAAAUUAAUCCUGGACGGGAAGUAACUAGAUGAGGGGAGCGCACCGACCUUUUAAAUCAGAUAUGUACACAGGAAACCAAAACCUUGGAAUAAUUGAAAUUAUCUCGAAUAUAUCUUUAAAUUAUUUUUUAUUUGUAAUGUUAUAAACACCAGCUUCGUCUAAGCAUCUAAUAAUACGUGCUAUUUCGCCUGACUGCUGAUUAAUGUAGGGAUGCUCCACUGGAGGAAGGAGGCCUAAAAGCAUAAUCUCCACCCCACGCCCAUUAUUUUUACCAUCUUUUUCGCAAUGGAGGAGAUUUUAAGCAAACUGCAGAAGGAGGCGUCGGGCAGCAAACAAAAAACGAUUCGCGACGCGUGCUGUGUUGCCUACGAUACCCUUCAUGCUCAUAAAAGAUUGGUUAAAAUCUCACCAUCUAAACUCAGAGAGAGCUGCCUGUUUCCUCUUCAGCUGGCGCUCGAGUCUAAAAACGUUAAAUUGGCCCAGACUGCCCUCACAGGGAUGCAGAAGAUCCUUUGUGAGGACUGCUUUGUUUCUGUGGAUAUAGAGGUUCCAGAGAAGGAGCUGUUGAGCCAAAUUUUGGAAGUCAUCAAGGUGACCCCCACCCUACAUGAAGACCUGCAGGUUGAGGUCAUGAAGGUUCUGCUUUGUGUCACCUACUCCUCUACCUUUGAGAUGAAUGGGCACAACAUCUUGAGAAUUGCUGAGGUGUGUAUUGAGACGUACAUCUCAAGUUGUCAUCAACGUAGCAUCAACACAGCAGUCAGGGCCACUCUCAGUCAGAUACUCGGUGAUCUCGCCCUACAACUGCGCCAUAGACAGGAAAAUACAGGUUUUGAUGGAGAAGAACAUUCCAUGCCUGUGCUCCAGCGCAAAGCAGAUAUCUCUCCAACCUCUGAUGCAUUGUAUGAAGAUGUUGUGAUGGUCCUCACCGUAUUCUGUGACAAACUGGAAUCAGUCUCAAAUGAAAACCAGUUACUGCAGCUGUUGUAUCUGGAGUGUAUUCUGUCCAUGCUUUCCAACUGUCCUCCCACAUUGCACCUGCGUCGCCAUUUUACGGACCUUAUAUGGAAACGGUUGUGCCCAACCCUUGUGGUGAUAAUGGGAAACCCUGCAAGUGACAAAACCAUCACUUCUGCCCACGGUUGGACAACCCAGGACUCAGACGUGGCGUCGGUUUUGGACCAAGGCCGGGGAUCCGGAUGUUCAACGAGUGCCCCUGCAAUGAUAGGGCCAGUGGUUCGCACUAUAUGCUAUGUGGCGGCAGAGUUGGUUCGACUGGUGGCUUGUGUGGAAUCGAUGAAACCUGUGUUGCAGUCCCUCUACCACCGUAUUCUUCUCUAUCCACCCCCCCAGCACAGAGUGGAGGCCAUUAAGAUUAUGAAGGAGAUUGUAGGAAGCCCUCAGUGGCUGUUUAACCUGGCUGGUCCAUGUGUCAUUGAGCCUGAGACAAGGAAAAGGUCAUUUUCAAAGAGGAAGUCCCAUCUCGAUCUUCUCAAAUUGGUGAUGGAUGGUAUAACAGAAGCAUGUAUGAAGGGUGGGAUUGAGGCCUGCUACUCUUCUGUGUCAUGUGCUUGUGUCCUAUUGGGUACUUUAGAUGAGCUCAGUCAGGGGCGUGGCCUGCGACAGGACCAAGCUUGUGUGCUGCUGCGCCGAUUGGAUGAGCUUAAGGAGGGGGCGGAGUCUAUUCGAGAGUCUGUAGAACUUAAUGAAGCGGACUUCCGCUGGCAGCGAUGCGUACUCUCUUCUGAGAACACCACUUGGGAAACCGGCAUUGCGGAACGCAGCCCUGACAUCAGCAUCAGUGUGACUACCGACACAGGCCAGACCACCUUGGAGGGGGACAUGGGUCAAACCACUCCGGAGGAUUGCAGGGAGAAACCGUGCCUUCCAUCGCCCUCUUCCUGUGGGUUCAUAGCAGGAUCUGCCCCAAACCUGCCUGAAUGCAUUAAAGACAGCGGUACCCCAGGAGUCCCGUCCAGUACAGCUCCUCCUGAUGUAGUACAGCGCAGCCAUGGCCUGGCCUUCCCUGACAUCACCAACUUCCUGUCUGUGGAGUCUCGAACACGCUCCCACGGCUCUCGCUACAGUGAGAGCAACUUCAGUGCGGACGAGCAGGAUCUGUCGCGCACAGAGUUCGACUCAUGUGACCAGUACUCCAUGGCUGCAGAAAAGGACUCUGGUCGCUCAGACGUGUCUGAUAUGGGCUCGGACAACUGCUCUCUUGCAGAUGAGGAGCAGACACAACGGGAUUGUCCAGGGCACCGUACAUUGCGGACAGCCGCUUUGUCCCUGAAACUGCUGAAGAACAAGGAGGCCGAUCAGCAGAGUGCCCGACUCUUCGUCCAGUCUCUUGCUUCACUGAUGCCACACCUACUGGGUCUGCAUAGCACCACGGAUGUAGAUUUGUCAUUGCAAAACUUCUCAUCCACCUUCUGUUCCGGGCUGCAAGCAGGAGGGGUUCAUUCUCCAGGAUUUGAGGCCAGUGAAAACCUGAGUUGUCAGACUCUUAUGAAUGCAGAUGGAUUGUACCUGGUGGCGUAUUACGCUCUGUUACUCAACCUCAAACUGUGCUGCUGUGAACAUUACCACAGGAAAACCACACCUACUCUGGUCUCUUUGAAGGAGUUUGUGCAUCAGAUCCAGAGCAGCGGGGUGCUGGUGGUUCUGUCUCAGGCAUGGAUUGAAGAGCUUUACAAUCAGGUUCUGGAGAGAAACUUGCUGGGAGAGGCCGGAUACUGGGGCAUGGCAGAGGAGCAGUCAUUACCUCUCAUUACCAUGCUCACUGACAUAGAUGGACUCGGCAGCAGUGCUAUAGGUGGGCAGCUGAUCAGAAAGGCCUCCACACAGUCGCCCUUUACCUCUGACAAGAACAGCAGUGACAACAUGGUGGCAGGUGUGGUAUUUUCCCGCUACAUCUUGACUGGCUGCUGGAAAAACCUGAUAGACACUCUGUCCACACCACUCACUGGUCGAAUGGCAGGGAGCUCCAGGGGUCUUGCCUUUAUUCUCGGAGCGGAGGGAGUUAAAGAACAAACCCAGAGGGAGAGGGACACCAUCUGCCUCAGCCUGGAUGGUCUACGCAAAGCUGCAGCACUUAGCUGUGCUCUAGGUGUGGCAGCCAACUGUGCAUCAGCACUUGCCCAGAUGGCAGCUGCCUCUUGUGUUCAGGAGGAGAAAGAGGAGAAAGAUUCGGGAGAGACUGGAGACACCAUAAAUCAAGUGAAGCAGCGUGUUGAGCAGAAACUAGAGCGGAUGGGCCGUUGUCAGGGUGUGAGGUUGCACACAGCCCAUGUGCUCUGCAUGGAUGCUAUACUCAACGUCGGGCUGGAAAUGGGCAGUCACAAUCAUGACUGCUGGCCUCAUGUGUUCAGAGUAAUUGAGUAUGUUAGUUCACUGGAACACAGUCACUUCAGUGAUGGCAGCUCCCAGCCUUCGAUGACCAUCACUCAGGCACAGCAGGCCGUGUCAGUGGAGCUGGAGAUGAGUGAUGAGGUCAGUUCUGAACUGGAGCUGGGUCUCAGUCAUCCUGUGAUCCAGCCACUGUCCAUCCAGGAGCUCUUGAGGACAAGGGACCGCACUAAAGGUUGUGACCUGCGGGGGGGAAGUCUGCUCACAGGCACCAGGGCAGCCAAAGCCGUCUGCACCCUUUCCACACAAGCUGACAGGGUGUUUGAGGAUGCUGUGAGUAAACUCAACCUGGUGGGCCUAGUGGGCUUUCUACAUCAGCUCAGAAAAGCUUCGCAGUCUCAACUCUUUGAUUCAGUUACAGAAACCGGAGACUAUUCCUUAGCUAUGCCAGGAGAGGCAAAGUCAACCCAGGACAAGCGCAGUGCCCUCCAUCUCUUUCGGCUGGGGGAGGCCAUGCUGUGUAUUGUAAAGAACAAGUGUAGACCACUGCUGCACAUGAUGAGAGCCUGGAGUGUGGUGGCACCCCAUCUAGUGGAGGCAGCCUGUCACAAGGAGCGCCAUGUAUCUCAGAAGGCUGUGUCUUUUAUUCAUGAUGUUCUGAUGGAGGUCCUGACCAGUUGGGCAGAACUGCCACACUUUCACUUCAAUGAAGCCUUCUUCAGACCCUUUGAGCACAUCAUGCAGCUUGAGCUCUGCGAUGAAGACGUCCAAGAUCAGGUGAUCACCUCUAUAGGAGAGCUGGUGGAGAUGUGUUCAGCUCAGAUCCAGUCUGGCUGGAGGCCACUGUUCAGUGCACUCAGAACUGUGCACGGAAACAAGACAGACAUGAAGGAUUACCUGACUGGAGAAUAUUCAAUGGGGAAGUCACAGGCACCCGUGUUUGAUGUCUUUGAAGCCUUCAUCAACACUGACAACAUUCAGGUGUUUGCCAACGCAGCUACUGACUACAUCAUGUGCCUUAUGAAGUUUGUGAAAGGUUUAGGAGAAGUGGACUAUAAGGAGAUUGGGGAUUGUGUUCAUGUCAGUGGAUACAGCUCUACUGAUCUGUGCCUGCCUGCCCUGGACUAUUUGAAAAAAUGUUCAGAGCUCUUUGCCAAAAUCUACAAGAUGCCUUCUAAGCCUGUGUUCUUGGGUGCAAGACUGGCCAGUCUGCCCAUGAGAGCCCAGGAGCGCUCUGUGAGCAGCGAGGAUGGCAUGGACAGUGUUUUAGCUGAGCACGUAGAUGACACGGGUCUGAUACAAGUGUGGAUUCUUCUGCUGGAGCAGCUGACAGCAGCUGUGUCGAAUUGUCCCCGUCAGCAUCAGCCUCCUACCCUCCAGCUAUUGUUUGAACUUCUGCGUGAGGUCACCAAGAUACCAGGGCCUGGCUUUGCCAUCUUCUCUGUCAAUCAGCUCCUCCUCCCUGUGAUGUCGCUAUGGUUACAGCGAAGUCACGGUGACCACUCGUACUGGGACAUCGCCGCGGCGAAUUUCAAGCAUGCCAUUGGACUGUCCUGUGAGCUGGUGGUGGAACAUAUUCACAGCUUCAUCCUUUCAGAUAUUGGCUAUGAAAAUUUUAUCAACCUGAUGCUGAAAGAUCUCUUUAAACUGCUGGUGUCAUGUGUAGCCGAGCCAGCUGAGAUCAUAUCCAGAGUGGGCUGCUCCUGUAUCAGGUAUGUUCUGGUAACAGGGGGUCCUGUUUUUACUGAAGAGAUGUGGAGGUUAUCGAGCUGUGCUUUACAAGACGCAUUUUCUGCCACCCUGGAGCCUGUAAAGAAUCUUCUGACAUGUUUCCGGAGUGGUUCAGACAGUUUCACAGGAGAUGCAUGUGAAGUGAAAGUGGCGGCCCCCUCACAAUCCCCCUCAGCAGAGGCAGAGUACAUGAGGAUCCGUGCCAUGGCCCAGCAGGUCUUUAUGCUGGAUACACAGUGCUCCCCCAAAACCCCAAGCAGUAAGGAAGGAUUUGAGCACGCUCAAUCCUGUGUACUGAUCAUUGAACUUCCAGCUGAUCAGCUUUCCAAUGGUCACGCUCAAAAGAGGAUUCCCUUCAGGACUCUUGUGGUAAGUUUGCUGUCCCAUCAAGUACUCCUGCAGAACCUUUAUGAUAUCCUGUUAGAAGAGUUUGUGAAGGAUUCAGGAAGAUCUGAGACACAGGGUAAGAUCACACCAGUGUCUGAGCCAAAACCUACCGGCUUUCUCCGCUUCAUCUCAAUGCAAAACCUGGGCAUCAUCUUUGACCUGCUGCUGGAUUCGUACCGCACAGCUCGUGAGUUUGACACUCGUCCAGGCCUCAAGUAUCUGCUGAUGAAAGUGUCAGGAGUAUGUGGAGCUGCUAACUUAUACCGCCAGUCUGCCAUGAGCUUCAAUAUCUAUUUUCAGGCUCUGCUGUGUGCCAUGCUGACCAACCAAGAGAACAUCACAGUUGAGCAGGUGAAGAAGAUCCUGAGUGAAGAAGAGGAGGGCGGCUCAGACUCAUCACAGCAGUGCUCCUCUGAGGAUGAAGAUAUCUUUGAGGAGAUGGCUCAGGUGAGUCCUCCGCGUGCCCGGGAGAAGCGCCAGUGGCAUGCGCGCAUCCCGCCUCUGAGCACGCUGCCCGUUAGCAGCGUGGACUGGGCCUGGCUUGUCAAACGCCUGCACAAAAUUUGUAUGGAUCUGUGCAACAACUACAUCCAGAUGCAUUUGGACCUGGAGACUACCAUUGGAGAGCAGUCUACCGACCGGGCCGACACGCUUAUGUUCUUGCCCCUUUUUAAUUCGGAUACCUCCACGCCCUCCACUGGUGGUCUGUCAGGCCACAGGACACCCUCAGAUGACAACUUUCGCCUCCAUCUGGGUGAGACUUCCUCGGAGGAGGUGCAUAGCCCUAGUGGGCUGGAUGCAAGCCUCCCCCAGCUAAGAGGUGAAAGGAGGGACUCUGGACGUAAAAAGGAAUGGUGGGAAAGUGCUGGAAAUAAGUUCUACACCAUCGCCACUGAUAAGACCAUCACCAAACUGAUGAUAGAGUACAAGAAACGCAAGCAGCAGCAGCACAGCCAUGCCUCAUUUGCCAAAGAGGUGAAGGUGGGAGAAAAGAGGGGAGAGGCAGUGGAUUCCCCAGGACCUCAGAGGCCCCAGCAGUUAGUGGAGCAGGGGCCGAUGCGUCACUCCUUUAGUGCAGGACCCGAGUUGUUGCGGCAAGAGAAGAGACCUCGCUCAGGGUCCACGGCCAGUUCCCACAACAUCUCACUCAGAGAUUCUGAAGCACAGAUACAGGCAUGGACCAACAUGGUUCUUACAAUCCUGAACCAGAUCCAGCUGUUGCCAGACCCCACGUUCAUUGCUCUCCAGCCAGCUGUGUUUCCCUGUAUCAGUCAGCUAACCUGUCAUGUGACUGACUUCAGGGUACGGCAGGCGUUACGAGAGUGGCUCGGGCGAGUCGGACGAGUUUAUGAUAUUAUCCUGUGAUCAACUGGCAAAUUUUUGAUCUCUUGUUUUUUUUUUGCUUAUGAUACAAUUUUAUUGUAAUGUUCUUCAGUAUUCGGUGUGUCAAGUUUAGAAUCUAUAUCUUGAUUUAUUCAUACCUCUAUGAAUAAAUUUGAAUUGACAUCAACUGUUAACAAACUCAAGGUUUGUUUUUCUCAUGUGUUCUUACUUUUAACUUUAAACUACACUGAAGGUUUCAUUAGUCACAAUCCUUGCACAAUGAAAUGUGAAUCUGAUGCACUUUUGUUCAAGCAUUAAUUAAUAAAACGAAAGCAUAAAAUAUCAAAUGUUAUGCUAAUUGGUAAUAUUACAUUAUAAUUUGCAUAAUUCAAAGUGCAUGUAAUAUUUUAAGUCUGAUUCUUACAUCUUUAAAGAGUAUAGCAACAAGUCCUUUUGUAAAGUCUUAUAUACAGUACUGAGUGUUUGCCAUGAUCCAAUACGAACUUCAUUUGGAAUUCCAUUGUCCAAAUGUUUUGUCUUGUUUGCUCUAAAAAUCUGAAAUCAUUGGAAUUAUGUUUAGGCAUGAUAAAGACAUAUCCCCAAACACUGCACUAGCUCGAAGUCACUCAUAAAGGUCACUUUUUUGUUUAUCUAAAUGUUUAAUGUCCGUACAUCAGUCACACACUGUGUGCCCCGGAUUCCUCCCCUACCCACAGUAGUAUGUGGUUCACCAAACAUUCAUCUGACUAAAUUUGAAUAAACUGUAAUGUAGUAUAAUUGUCUUCAACAGUAUAAUUUUCAUAGGAGCUCUAUAUAUUACAUAUCUUAAAAAUAUUAAAGUUAGAAUACAGUUUUAAUUGCUAAUCACAUUUGUUCGAACCACAUAGUGAUAUGGCUUUACUGCAAAUAUUUUUCUGCUUAGUAAUUUCUUAAUCCUGAGAAGUGCAGUUGCUUGAAUGUUGUGUUUUUUCUUAAAGCUCAGUGGUUAGAGCAUGGCGCUAUCAACGCCAAUGUCAUGGAUUCAUUCCCAGGGGAUUGCACAUACUUAGAAUCAAUGUAUAGUGUAAUGCAAUGCAAUGCAAGUUGCUUUGGAUAAAGGCGUCUGCCAAAUGCAUACAUGUAAAUCAUAUGCAUGUAUUAUUUCUGUUUUUCUUUUGUAUGUGUUAAAGUUGUAUUAAGUAUAUUUACUUUGUCAUAUAUUGUUUACAUUUUAGUGUUACGGAACAUCUGCCCAGAAUUGCAUAUGCUAGAACUAUUUUGUAUAUAAUUCAAACAGUUAUUUCAAAUGAAGUCUACUAUGUCCUAUAAUUUAUGUGCAAUUGGAACUAUAGAAUUCUGGGACUAAUUUAAAUUUUUUUUAAAAAUUUGUUUUUUAGUGCAUUUUCUGUUGCGGUUAUAACAAGUGCUUUGUAUAAACAGUGGAACUAACAGGACAGUCAGAUGGACCAAAGACAUGUUUUUGUUUAAAACGAAGUAAAUAAUAAUUUAAUAGUUUAAACCAAACAUACAUGAGUAUAUAAUGUUUUACAUAGAGUGAGAUCAGAAAUAAAUUUUUCAUAUGAUUUUUCUUUAAAAUCUGUAUUAAUUUAUUUUCAGCUUUGACAGUUGUGAAAAUGUUUAGACAUUGUUUUGUCUAACAGUAACACAAGCAAAAAGUAAUUUCUCUUUAAUCCCCAAAAAGUGUAAAUUUCUUCUUUACCAUAGAUACCAGCCACUGUAUUUCCAAAUGUUCACUUUUAAUAUAAGAUAGCAGUGUUCCUUUAAGGGAAGCGGCAAGAAUAUGUUUGUCAUGAUUUCUGGAGGAAGUACAGACCUGACAUCCUAUCUAGAUAGUAUUAUCAUAUAUUAUUCAACUUCUAUAAUUAAACUAAAGUACAUGUGCAAUGCUGAAUAUAUUCUGAAGUGUUUCUUAAAUGAUCCUUUAUGUUGUAUGGGUUGGAAAUUAAACUAGUAAAGCAAAUAAACAGCUGCGUGUCGCUCUUUUUUUUGACAAGAGUGGCUUAAAUAACUUUUUGUUUAAAAAAUGAACAUGCUCAUGAGCAGUUGAUGUCAAGUCCCUUUAUUAAUAUUAAACUAAGUGUAAUCUAGCAUUUCA